UUCUUGCCAGUUAUUUAUUUAAUGAAAAUCUACCAAUGCAUUUGAGAGAAGGAAUCCUAUGAGCCCUCAUCCUUAUGCUUAUAAGAAGCAGCAGCACCCGCAUUGAUAAACUUGUGGGGGGUGGUAGUUGUUGCUUCUGCAGCUCUUGCUUGCAGUUCUUCAACAGAUUCCAAAAUGGGGAUUGUGUUUCAGAGGGCCCAAAUGUUGUUAGGCUUGGGCUUAUUGAUUGUGUUAGCAGCAUCACCCACAGUAGUCUCAGCAGGCCAUGACUACAGAGAUGCUCUGUCAAAGUGCAUUAUGUUCUUUGAAGGGCAGAGAUCAGGGAAAAUUCCUGCAUAUCAGCGCAUCAAAUGGAGAAGGGACUCUGGUCUUAGAGAUGGCUCUGCAGCAAAUGUUGACUUGGUGGGAGGAUACUAUGAUGCAGGGGACAAUGUCAAGUUUGGUUUUCCCAUGGCUUUCACCACCACAAUGCUAGCAUGGAGUGUCAUAGAAUUCGGGAAGCUCAUGGGGUCUGAGCUCCAGAAUGCCAAGACUGCCAUUCGUUGGUCUACAGACUAUCUUCUGAAAGCCACUGCACACCCAGAUACAAUUUAUGUACAGGUGGGUAAUCCCAUUCAAGAUCAUAAUUGCUGGGAAAGACCAGAGGAUAUGGACACUCCAAGAACAGUUUACAAAAUCAGCAAAGACAAGCCCGGCUCAGAUAUUGCUGCUGAAACUGCAGCCGCCUUGGCAGCAGCAUCUAUUGUGUUCAGGUCAUCAGAUUCAGCAUACUCUAAACGCCUUCUCAACACUGCAAUCCGGGUUUUCCAGUUUGCAGACAAAUACAGGGGAGCGUACAGUGACAACCUUAGAGCAGGAGUGUGUCCUUUCUACUGCGACUUUGAUGGAUACCAAGACGAAUUGUUGUGGGGCGCAGCAUGGCUUCACAGAGCAACUAAAGAUCACACUUACAUCAGCUACAUUCAAAUCAAUGGAGAGACUCUGGGAGCUGAUGAAAACAUCAAUGAGUUUGGAUGGGACAACAAACAUGCAGGAAUAAACAUUCUUGUAUCUAAGGAAUUCUUAUUGGGGAAGGUGAACUUCCUUCAAACCUACAAGGGACAUGCUGACAACUUCAUCUGCUCUUUGUUGCCUGAAACACCCUACAGACAUGUUGCACAUACACCAGGUGGGCUUAUCUACAAGCAAGGAGGGAGUAACAUGCAACAUGUCACAUCCAUAUCCUUCCUGCUUUUAGCUUAUGCAAGUUAUUUGAGCCAUUCCAAUCAAGUAGUACAUUGUGGAAACAUUGCUGCCACUCCUGCCAGGCUGCAAGCAGUAGCAAAGAGACAGGUGGACUAUAUAUUAGGAGACAACCCAAUGAAGCUUUCAUACAUGGUAGGAUAUGGAUCUAACUUUCCUAAAUACAUCCAUCACAGAGGCUCAUCUUUGCCUUCUGUUGAGCACCAUCCCAAUCACAUAACAUGCAAGGGAGGCUCUGAGUACUUCUUCAGCAAAAACCCCAAUCCAAAUCUUCUAGUUGGUGCAGUAGUGGGAGGACCCAACACGAAAGACCAGUACUCUGAUGCACGCAAGUACUACAAGCAGGCUGAGCCCACCACUUAUAUCAAUGCGCCUCUGGUUGGUGUACUGGCCUUUUUGGCUGGUCAUUAAGACUGAGAUCAGAUCCUAACAUACUAAUACACUCGAUUAUUGUAAUGCAUUGAAUGCCCUGUACUUCACCACAAGGGCAGAGAAUGCAUGGGGCAAAGUUCAGAGGAAAUGCAUGAAGAAUGACUCCAAUCCUCAUUAUUAUCUACCUAUAUAAGAAUUGUCCAUAGAUAGCUAUAAACAGUUGUAGCAAUUCAACUAUCAUUUUCUCAACUAUAUAUAUAUAUAUAUCUAUAUAA